CCACUCUCAGUGCGGCGCACAGCGCGCGGUUCUCCACUGCUCCGACAGAGUUGAUGAUCAGUGUCCGGGAUGGAUACCUGAAGGAUGGAUAGACGAUCGAUGGACUGAUCAAUCAAACUGGACUCACAGUCAGGGGACACACAGACACCUCUUCAGUAUUGAUUAUUGAUUAAUGAUUGGCUGCUGUUAUUGUGUUUGGAGUUAGCGCUUCAAACCUGCAAGACUCUACUUUCUUCAUCCAUCCCCUCCUCCUCCGGGAUGAAGACUCCUCUCAGCCCCUCUCAGCUCCUGAAAAGGGGGCAGAUCUUUGCCUUCGGAGGGAUGUGUCAGGAGUUGAUGGACCCCCCAACACCUGCAACCAUCAGUCUCUCUGUCCAGCAGACUCCAUCCCCAGGUCAGGGUGGGGCCUAUUCGCUGUGUGAGGUGUGUAACCUGCAGCUGACAUCUGCUGCUCAGGCCCAGCUUCACUACAAUGGCAGGUCUCACCUCCGGAGAGUGAGACAGCUCCAGGCUAGAGAGACAGGACAACAGGCAGCAGCGGGGGCUCAGUCUAGGUCUCUUCCCCAGGCCACAGGGCUCAGCUCCCAGCCUGCAGGACUCACUCCGACCCCAGGCCUCAGUCCAAGCCUUAGCGCUUCAUCCAGCACGACGGCAGGUGGUGGGUGUGGUGCAGUGGGCGGGACAUUGCCAGGGCUAAUUGGCGCUAAUGGUCCCUCGGUAAUGAUGAAACCAUUCCUGUCGUUUCCUGUCGAGACGACAUCACCAGUCGGACUGUUCCCAAACUUCAACACGAUGGACCCGGUGCAGAAAGCUGUCAUCAACCACACCUUUGGCGUUACCUUUAUACCCAGGAAGAAACAGGUCGUCUCAUGCAACGUCUGCCAGCUGAGGUUUAACUCUGAUUCUCAGGCAGAAGCUCAUUACAGAGGCAGCCGUCAUGCCAAAAAGCUCAAGUCUCAGGAGAACAAGACCAAGGCCAAGCUGUCAAUCACUGGAGAGACCAAUGGGAGCAUCACACGUCCUGUUUGCCCCACCCCUCUUGUCUCAGCUAACAGAAGCAACUCAGAUCUCUUAUCUAGCCCCACGGACUCCUUUCCUCUUAAACCCUUCCUCCUCCCCUCCUGCUCCCCUCUCUCCUCUGCCUCCCCCUCCUCUAGCCUACCAGGCAGUGAGCCUCCUCCCUCCAGUCCUCCCACCGCUCUCCCCGCCUCAGGCCUCUUCUCCUCUUCCUCCUCUUCCCCUUCUUCCCAAGCCUCUCCCCCUCCUCCAGCUCCUGUCACCUCCUCUUCAUCCCCUGCUGCUCCUCCUCCUCCUUCCCAGGCCUCAACCCAGGAUGCUCCUCUCUCAGUGGAGUCGGAGGAGGAAAAAGCGAAGAAGCUGUUGUACUGCUCUCUGUGUAAAGUCGCCGUCAACUCUCUGUCUCAGUUGGAGGCUCAUAAUGCAGGCUCAAAGCACAAGACGAUGCUGGAGGCUCGGAGCGGUGCCGGGCCAAUCAAGGCCUACCCUCGAGCCGGAGCCAAGCUGAAGAAUGGCAGCAGCUCUGCACUGAAGGGCUCCGGCCUACAGAACAAAACUUUCCACUGCCAGAUCUGUGAUGUCCACGUCAACUCUGAGAUCCAACUCAAACAGCACAUCUCCAGCAGGAGGCACAAGGACAGAGUGGCAGGAAAACCCAGCAAACCCAAAUACAGCCCUUAUAACAAACAGCAGCGCAGCUCACUUACUAAGGAGUUGGUGAAGCCCUCCCUCUCUCCCUCCUUCCUCUCCACUCCAUUUGCUCAUCCGCCCUCCUCCCUCACCUCCACCAUCUCGCUACCUCCCUCCUCUCUCUCCUCCUCCCCCCUCCUCACUCCCACCUCCUCACCCCUAACCCCUACCAUCUCUCUCCAUCCUCGUCCUCCAACCUCCUCGUCCCUCUUCACCGCCUCCUUCCUGCGUCCGGCUCCUGGACCAAUCAGAACAAGCCAAGGAUCAAUCCUCUUCACACCCUACUGAUGGCAGCGUUGGCGGUGAGGAGUCGAACCGUUGACUUUUGACCUCCGGUUUGUUGGAGUGAGGGAAGAGUCAAGAAGAGACAUCAGCUCUGCCAUCAAGGCUGCAGGGAUUCAAACCUGCAACCUUCUCACUUGACUGAGGCUUCAAAAGGAAACUUGAAAGGAGAGAACCUCCUCCUUCUGGCUGGAUCUUCUUCUCAGGUCUGAAACUUCACAGCUGACGCAACAGCAACCUGUGAUGAUGUUAUCCAAACCAGAAAGGAACAGAGGCGGAAAGGCUCCCACACAUCCUUGAAAACCUUGGAUUUUUUUUUACAGUCAUGGAAAAGUCCUUCUUAGUAAGCAAUAAGUUGUCAGUAGUAAAAAAAAUCAGUAUGCCGCUUUUUUGUUGUCCCCAUUUAUCGUUUUGAUGCUCCAGAUUCAAAACAUCUAAAAGAAAGUAAAACAUUCAACUUGUGCAUGGAAACAUACAGUAGAGAAUAUUUAUAUUUUUUCUUAUUUUCUUUUUUACCAAAAAAGUACCUCUUUGUGGCAGCCCAAAUGUACUGAAAAUAAAGCUGGAGUUUGUUUUUAAUGAAUUUAGUUUUGACUAAGGUAACAAGGAUCAGAACCAGGAUUUGUGAGGAACCGGAAUUGACAAGCGGAAUUUAAAAAAUGUCUCAACGAUACCCAAAACCGAGACACAAAGGUGGACAAGUUAGUCAGGUCUGGUUGGGUCGGGUCCUCAGAGUUUGGAGGAGGUUGUUUCUGUCUAAACAAAUCUCCUUUGAAACCAACUUUGAAGCUCUUCUUGCUCUUGCUGGAGGAGCUAACUAGCACCAACCUGAUGUCAGAUGUCCUCCGUCAUGAACAAAUACUACUGCAGAUGUCUUCAUGUCAUAUUAACACUGGACUGAUGCCUCAGGUGUCCUCCCUCAGACGUUCCUGCACUCAUGUUCAACUCGUUCCUAACAUACAGCAGAAAAAUAAAUUAAAAGAUAAGGCAGGCAUUUUUCUAAAUUGUUCUCAUUGUCGACAAAUCCCAUGAAAAGACCAAAACCAACAAUGUGUUUGUCUCUCAAUACUUUACUUAAUCAAUACAUUUAACACUCUUAUUCACUAUCCAUGAGGAAAAACUAAAUAUAAACAUUUCUCUGGUUGCUUUUAGUUAUUUUAGAGUUCAUAUAUAAACAUAUUCACCCAAAGCUUUUUCACAACUUUCAAACAACCGUAUGAUCUCUUUGGUGUAGAGACCCUUUAGAUUUGGUCCCAUUACCUUUCCUCCUAGUGCCACCCUCAGGAUACACAUGCUACUUUUAGCUCUGCUAUUAGUAAGGCUCUAUGUACAGCUUAAUAUUUAGCAUGUUAUGUGUGACAAAAUAAUCUCAACUCACACAGCCACUAACCAGCUUUAUUCUGAGCUUUUCAGCUGUUCAGUCUCUUGGGGCUGAUGUAUAUUUAUGUUUUUUUUUUGUCCCCUUACACCCCACCUCUCCCAGUCUCUAUCACACAAUAUAUUCAGUAUAUAUAUA